AUGAACCAAGGCUUCAAGCCCCGCCGACGGGGCCUUUUGCAGCUCAAGUCAGUCCUGCGCGUGGUGGCGGCGUUUAUUGCCUGCUUCUCCUUGCUCAGGCUGUUUGCGAUAUACCCAAAUGCCUCUACGGAAAUAUCUGUCAAUAAUCGACCUCGCCCGACCGUUGGCAAAGUCAUGAUGAUCUACGGCAACAAUACCGUAUACGAGCGAGCAGUAGCAACGCAUAAAGACCAUUGCGAACGACUCGGCUAUCCACUCUUCCUCCUGCGGAGACAGGUUCUUGACGGCGUGUGGAACAAGCUCGCCUACCUCAUUUCCCUCAUCGUGCAAGAACUAGAGAAGCCGGCAGAGGAACGGCUGGAGUGGUUAUUCUGGGCGGACAGCGAUACAAUUGUCAUGAACCCCAACAUGAGAUUAGAAACCUUUCUCCCCCCACGGCAUCUCACCGACGUCCAUAUCGUACUCUCAAAAGACUGGAACGGAAUGAACGCCGGCGUAUUCCCCAUCCGCGUCCAUCCCUGGUCCAUCGAACUGCUCUCUGCCGCAAUAGGCUACCCCUUCACAAGUCCCGGCAAAGGCCUCUACUGGGCAGAGCAGUCCGCCCUUUGCUGGCUCUUCGAGGAGCACGAGUACUACUCCCGGUCUGUCGCCUACGUACCUUUGAGGUGGUUCAACGCAUACAUGCGCGCGCCUGAUGGGGAGUCACUCAAUAAGGAUUCACCGGCAGAGCUUCAAGUACACCCAGGGGACUUUCUUGUUCACUUCCCGGGUACGCCGAAAGACCAUUUCAACGAAACCUUGAGUCCGUACUUGGCCAUUGCCGAGGAGCAUCGCCCUGAGUGGGAGCUGCCGAUAGAGGAGACAGUAUUCCCGGUAGAGACGGCGAAGUUCUGGAGGAAAUAUAGUGCAGAACACGGCAUUGAGUACCCUGAUGGGCUGUGA